AUGAUCUGGCGCCGCUCGGUGCUGGCGGGGACGCGGCUCGCCCGGAGCGGGAGCGGCUCGGCGGCCCGGCUCGGCGGGGCGGCCUCCAGGAUGGGGACCAGCACGUCGUCGCCGGAAACUGCUCCCCUGAAUCAGAUCCAGGAAACCAUUUCUGAUAACUGUGUGGUGAUUUACUCCAAGACAUCGUGUUCCUACUGUCACAUGGCCAAGAAGCUGUUCCAGGACAUGAAUGUGGCCUACAAGGCGGUGGAGCUGGACCUGCUGGAGUCCGGGAGCCAGUUCCAGGACGCGCUGGACAAGAUGACCGGCGAGAGAACCGUGCCAAGGAUAUUUGUCAACGGGACUUUUAUCGGGGGCGCCACCGACACCCACAGGCUUCACCAGGAAGGGAAAUUGCUCCCGCUGGUCCACCAGUGUUACUUAAAGAAAAGCAACAGGCAUGUUGGCGACAGCGUCUGA